CAAGUUGAGAGUUGUGCGCGUCCAGCACAUAUGAAGGUAUGAGUACCAAUGCAUGUGUUUGAUUGCAAAAGGCUGCAUUUGAUCUGCUUUGUUUGCAAUGCCAACCAGGGGCGGACUAACAACUCAUGGGGCCCCCGGGCAAUAAGGGAUCAUGGGGCCCCUGUGUCCUUGCCCAAACUCAAAAAAGCCUAUGAAAAAGGUACCAGGGGCAUCUCAUGGGGCCCCCUUCUGACCCCGGGCCCUCGGGCAGUGCCCGAGUUUCCAAAUGGUCAGUCCGCCCCUGAU